UCCUUCGUGGCCUGCCGUAGGGAGUAUAAAAUGAAUGUUAAGCGGAAGUCCCGCCCUCUUCAUCCCCUCUCUGGUUGACUGUGCUUCAGUCGGCUAACACGGCAACAUGCCACGAAAAAUUGAAGAAAUCAAAGAUUUCCUGCUGACGGCAAGGAGGAAGGAUGCCAAGUCCGUUAAGAUCAAGAAGAACAAGGACAAUGUCAAGUUCAAGGUGCGCUGCAGCAGGUACCUGUACACCUUGGUCAUCACAGACAAGGAGAAGGCCGAGAAGCUGAAGCAGUCCCUGCCCCCAGGUCUGGCGGUCAAGGAGCUGAAGUAGGACUAAUGCUGUGUACAGAUCGUUGUAAUAAAAAUUGGAAAAAAACUGCUUAUUUGUUCGUCUUUAUUCCAUGUUAUACAUGCAAGUGAUCACUAACAUUUGUGACCAAAACUUGCUCCAGGAUAUAUUAUUGGGGGUGAGAAAGGAUGCCAUUUUUCCACUGUAAAACAUAUCGACAACUUGUCCACAAGAUGUCACUGUUUAGCCGCAGGUGGCAUCCAAAUAAUUUGGAAGGUUAGUUAUUUGGUAGCCUGGUUAAAACCAGACCAAGCCAAUCGUAGAUUGCACGUUGUUCUCGGGAAGCUGCUGUCAUUUUCUUCAGAGGCGUUAUCAACGGCCUACUUCAGCUGACAACGCGAUUGGCUGCAUGCCGUCGCUUCCCUGUCAUUGUGUUAGACCAGCAAAUAGCGCGCCAAGGGGAAAAGCCAGCUCGGUGAUCGGC